ACACCUAUAGGUUUCAGAGGGUUUCGACUGACUUGUCGUGUGCCGUAGGGGCCUACCAUUCUUGUUUUGUUGAAGGUGUUUCAAAUUUUGCACCAGCAUCUGACCUUAAACUUUACCAUGUAAUUACUGUAACACUCACGCCCGUAUUGGUUACUGUUAAGACGGCGUCACAAUAGAAAGGAGGUGUGACUGGCAAGAUGGAUAACUAUUUCCACGUCGUCGUGGGCAACGCCAGAGACAAAUGGAAAGAAAUCGGCCGCAGACUAGGUCUGAGCGAAACAGACAUCUCGGCAAUAGACGAAGAGGAGCGCGGAGACACGACAGAAGGGUGCAGAAAGGUGCUGAACAAGUGGAGACAGAUGAACGGACACAACGCGACUGUUGAUGUACUCAAGCAGGCUUUCAUCGAACUGGAGCGGAGAGACGUCGUGGAUUUGUUAGAACAGGCUGAUAUUCAUGAAGCAGAUGAAGGUAUGCAUGAAGCAGCGAGGCGGAAAGCUGAACUUCGACACUCAGGGCCCAGCCUGUUCAUCAUACACGCUGGUGAGGACAAGGAACCAUUUGUCCGACCGCUUUACAAAGCUCUACUGGAUCAGAACUUACCUGAGGAGGAGAUCUUCUUUGAUGAGGUGUCAAUCAGCCCAGGAGAAAACAUUUCAGAUAAAAUCAUGUCCACUCUUGAAAGUGAGAGUUUGAAGCUGGUUACUAUUGUAGUGAGUAAUCACCUGAUAGACAAGUACUGGCCUAGACUAGAGUAUGAACUGUCUUUGUUUCAUCAAAAGAAAUUCCACCCAAUUUGGCUGGAUCAGAACACUGACAAUUUUGAAGCCUUCAGCAGAAAGGUUGGCAGCCGUUUCCCCAUGUUGAAGAAGACCCUCGCUCACCGUAUCCAGUAUGACAACAUUGCAGAGAAAGUCACAGAUGUUGCUGUCAAAAUUGUGCAGUUACUGUCAGUAUUGAAACAUGAAUCGUCAGAAACAAAGAGGAGUAAGCUGACCUCCUCUGCCGCUGCUUCGCCCAUGGAGGAUGUUACUUCUGGUACCGAAACUGAACAAGAAAACAUCACAAAGGGUGGGGGGGAGCGGGAAGCUGAGCAUCAAGAAUCAGCAAUGCCGGCACUUCUAUACCCUGACAUUGACGCACCAGGUGAACAUGACCAACCACCGCCUUCCCCUGUUGCUGCUUCUGCUGUGCCUACUGAGUCUGGAUCGUCCGAAAAUAAGCUGAAGGAACUGAAAAUUAAACGAUUGAAAAAACGUACAAAGGACGAGCUCAAAAUGUUAGGAAGAGCAAAAAGAUUCAUGUCAAAGAAGGAGGUUGAGAGAAAAUGUAAGGAAUACCUCCGUCGUUUUGAGAGAGAUUAUGCACGGAUACAAGGAGUCAGGGAUGGCUGUUUGCUGAUGUACUUGACAUUUGACCUGGUGGGCUACUUGCGAGAGUUUUGGGAUGACUACACGAGCGGCGUGCUCAGUACUGAACUUACGGAGGUACUCGUCACGGAUGAGAUGAGGGCAGUGGUCGGACAAGACGUCUUCGUGAGGGUCAUAAUCCUGGAGAGAGACUAUCGGCGAUGGGAGAGAUACCUGGAGAGGAAAGGAGAAGCUGCCGAUCCUCAAAAACCAGAUAUUCGUUCCUCUCGUUCCUCGGUAUCAGUGCAUACAACACAGGCAGCCACUACACCUCUCCACAGACUGAUCUUCAAAAUAUCUCAGGAACUAACUGACAAAGAUGUCCAGACCGUAAAAGACAAAAUCCGCAUGGAUCAGGGCGAGGACAAAAUGGCUCCGUACGAAAAUCUCUCGAAUCUAACGGAGAUCUUCAAGCAGUUGGAAGCAGAUAACUACCUUGGAUACGACGUCGAUGAGAAGGUCACCAAUGCAUUAAAGAUGUUUGAUGGUUUGGAGAAUUUCGACAGACGCCAUUUUGAGAUGGAUAUUGAGAACGCCAAAGAAAACAUAGACUUUGUCGGCAGGGAGAAAGACAUGGACAACUUAAAGAACAGAAUCACUGAAGGGGACUAUGGACAUGUGAAACAAGGAGCUUUCAUCGAGAUUUCAGGCAAAGGUGCCCAAAACAAUGAUGAGUGUUAA